AUGUGCACGGAUGGUAAAAACAUACAGAAGCUGCUCAAGAACGAAAGCGAAAUUAAGAAGAGCACACAGACACCGUUGAAAGAAAACCAGUCGUGUUUCGAAGAUGACGAUGAAGACGAAGAAGACCAGGAUCUCAAAAGUUACAAUAAUAAGGGCACCGGGCUGGAAAUGACCCGGUCAUCGUGUGCCGAUGACAUUUUGAUGAAGACACUGGUCGCGAAGUAUGCCAAUCGGUUGAUGGGCAAGCUGGAAAAGAUCGCCCUUAAAGUGCCACCUAACAGCAAUCCUGCGGACGCGGUUGUGCGGUUGCGCAGAAGGAUACAGCGGUUGCUCAAGGACAUAGAUCAGGUGGGUGGUCCGUGUGACUCUUCGACCGUACUUCUGAACAAGUACGACUGCCUCCGCAUGGCUUACUACACUAUAGCCGACGGGAUCAAAGGAACAACAAGACUGCCGUCCGGUCAGGGCUUGUUAAAUAACCGUAAAAACUGCGAUAAAAUCAAAAAAUGCAAAGUGACCGACAACAGUAAGAAACUCGACCACCAAGAAAAACGGAUUAACUGUGAAAACCACUAUAAGCUUGAGAAACUGCAGAAUUGCGAAAACGAGAAACUCGAAAACCUUAUGAAAUUUGAUAACCUGCAGGAAAGACUGGACAACUGUAGAACCCCUGAUAAACAGGAGAACUGUGAAAAUAACAAAAAACCGGAAAACCAAGAGAUAUUUCAGGCAGGUGAAAAAUUCAAAAACCUUGAGAACCGCUUGUUCAACUGUAAGUAUUGUGGAAUGGGCACGAAGCUCUGUGAUAUGACGUGUGAUUCAAAAAUUCAUCCACACAAAGAUAACUGUCAGAAAAAUGUCUUCGAAUGGAAAUCGUUUUUCAAACGUCGAUUUUUCAUUUAUUUCCCGUGUGUAUGUUGCAUGUGUGAUAAGUUUGUCUGA